AUGAGCCUGGAUCCUUUACUCCCCAUUGCGCCCGCAAGGGUGAAGGCUCUUCUCCUUCCUGUCGGAAAAAUAAAGGCAGACAGAUUCGCCUCAUUUGUCGAGAGACUUCAAGGCGAAAAUGUGGUGUACUUGCGAGACAUCACCGCGGACAGCCGCCCGAAUAGGAACAUGUUCUCGCCUCUCGCGUAUCCGGACGGCGUCAUCCUCUAUGAUCUAAUCUCUCACGCGCCGCCGCCUUCACACCUGGCCCUGUCGCCCUUCGACCUCUAUCGCGAACCCCUCGUUAUCAUUGCGAUUGCGGACGGCAGCGAGCUUGGCGAUGCUACAUUCAGCAAACGACAUUCUUCAAAUGGCACCGGCCUUACAGCAACAGAGAGAAACCUCCGCGCUCUAUACCAAGAGCUUGAGGACCUUCGAGACGUCUACCCAAAGUCACUGGUUCACCAGGUCUUAGUCUUUGAUUAUGUACCUCUCUCUGGCGAGAUAAACAUCCCCGAAGAUUUAACAACGAUACCCACACCCGCGAAUUCGAAACGAACGACAAUGAAAUCAGUUAUGUGCAAUAUCUCCUCGUUACUCCUCGCAGAAAUGACUACACUGGCCAAGUCUGUCGAAGCGAUGACUUCGAUAGAUUCUCCCGGGUCAUAUGCCGCGAAAAAUAUGAGAGUGAAUGAUGACUGGUCCAAUGGGGCCCCGCGACGCAACUCUCACUUGCCACAACAUCUUAUACGGUCAAGCUCAGCGAUGAGCGACCGAGGGCAGUCUAGAAUGUCCAUGCCGCCUGUACCUACGCGAACCAUGUCCGUAUCGAGUGGUUCAACACCUCGUCCAGAAACUCCAACGCAGAGAGAAAGACGUGAUAGUUCUGUGCCGUCGGUCGACGGCACAGAGAGUGGACCCACUAGCUCACCAUCUUCGCCUGAGCCCAAGAUUCCCAUGGCAAGGAGUGGCGAUGGGUCGCGUGAUCCGAGCAGAGACAGAGUUUCAGUACAAGGUUUUGGACCUGGUGGCGCCAACGAUCGAUGGCGUCUCCGAGGAAAAGGUCGUGCUGGUGUUGUCAUUGGAUCUAUGUACUUACAGGCAGGUCGAUGGAGCGAUGCGCUCCGAGAGCUGAGCGAAGGUGCUCAAGUUGCGCGGUCGUUGAAUGACCAUAUUUGGCACGGAAAGGCGCUCGAAUUGAUCCUCAUGAACCUUUUCCUGCUUGGCUGGCUGAAUCUAGAGUUCCAGAUACCCAUUGUUUGCCUGCCAAUCCAAGAUCGACCAGCUUCACAGAAGGUUGAAGAACUUGUUGAUCCGACUCAACCUAAGCACUUGCGCAACUUGCAACUGCUGCUGCCUGAGCUUUUGGAUCGAAUUCUCAGUCUAUAUUCCAGAAUAUCAAGUGAGAGUCUGCCGCCGUUGCCGUUCUCGGAAACCACCAUUCGGUUUUGCAAGAUCUUGUCAUCGCUGCACGGCUGUAACGGCAUUCUGAAUCAAGAGUGUCUCAACAUGAUUGUCGUCGGAAAAACCCCCAAAGUCUACCUGACAACGUCUCCAAGACUCAUCAUCACUCCAAGCCGCCAACAGAUAGUGAACACACUGUUCAAGGCUUUCCCCUCCUCAGCUACCGAGCUCUUGACUACGGCAGACAGAGUCCAGAUUCUCAGCGGAAUUGCCGCCGUAUUAGGCCAGAUUGGAUAUCAUCGCAAAAAGGCCAUGGUCACAAGAGAGCUGGUGUCUGUGCUAAUUGGCGGUCUUGUUGAGGCACGCACCAAGGGGGCUGCCGAGGCAGGUGUGCAUCCUGCAGCGGGACUCAUACCUCUGGGUGCGAAUGGCGAGAGAGGACGAGGUGCUACAGUGUUGGAUCUUGGUGAAGCAGACGUUGAGCAAGGCAUAGAAGCCUUUCUGGAUCUGCUCUGCAGGUCUUACGGCGUAGUCAGCUUCGACCCCCUUGGCAAAACUGCCGACAUCCCGGACGUCAAGGAAGACCUGGACGCUGCCGUCAUUUCCAGAAUCGAAAGGCAGCUAGCUACACGUUUUUUCGGCUUUGCAGAAAUCAAGCUGAAUAUCUUGCGCUCUUGUAUCAAUUUUGCAGAGGCACUACCAGACUUCAAUGGCGUCUUGAAAUUCUCUAGCGAUUUGAUGCGCACAGCUGGCUCAGGUGUUGCGCCGGCGCUGCAAAAGGAGCACUCACCGCCGCUGAUAUUCAAGGAAGAACAAGUACGUUUAGCAGCCAACAUUUCUCGCACUUGGGCCCUUGCUCAGCGAUUGGGCAUGACGUAUCUCGAUGCCGAGUACUGGGACGAAUUCCUGGUUCGCGGUGUGGAGUUGGAGCCGUUGCCACUGACAAGGACACCAGUGCCGCAUGCUCGCAGUAUCCUGCCAGGUGCCACGGCAAGCCGUGCGUCCCAGGACGUGAACCCUUUCAUCUAUAAUCCGUUUCUCAAAGAGGCUGCAGAGUCUGCUGCCAAGAAUCUGGUUGCCGGCGAGAUUGCAAACUUCAAAGUUACGCUACAAAAUACAUACGAUAUCGAGGUCGAGAUUGAAAGCAUCCGGUUGGAGGCAACCGGGGUAGAGUUUGAAGCGCUGCCGACCCACGUUGCUCUGGGUCCCUAUCGCACCCAGACUCUCAUUGUUCAAGGACGACCGAAAGCGCCUGGAACCGUCGUUAUAAAGGGCGCCAUGGUGAGAGUACGCGGCUGCCGAGAGCGACUUUUCCCAAUAUUCACAAACUCUUGGACUCCCCAGCGUGCGGACAAGGUCAAGUCGAAAGGCCUGGCUUCUCUGGAUAUCGGACCUCCGGUGCCGAUCAAAGGCAGAUCUACUGACCAACAGCUCUCCGCGGACACAUUCAGCGUCAAUGUGGUGCAAGCGCAGCCUUUGAUCGUUAUCAAGUCAACAACACUUUCGCAGUCUUCCGUCAUGGUUCUGGAGGGCGAGAGACAUGUUUUUUCGGUGACUCUGCAAAAUGUGUCUGAAAACCCGGUUGACUUUAUGCUCUUCUCUUUUACGGACUCUACGCAAGGGCCGCUGCAAACGGCACUGAAUAGCAGAGAUGUGUCUGCAGCAGAAAUGUACGAGUAUGAGCUGAUUCUUAUGAAGAAGCAGGCAUUGCGUCUACCAAAGAGCGAGCCAAACCGGCACAUUGUGCCUGGUGGUGAAGCUACCUUUGAUUUCGAGAUUCUCGGCAAACCAGGCCUCACCAAUGCAACGAUCCAAGUCGACUACACUUAUCUGGGUGUCCCCAUUGAUGAGAUUACUGAACAAUUCUUUACCCGACAGCUAUCUCUGGAUUUGGCGGUUACGGUCAAUGCCAGCGUCGAACUAUCACGAAUAGACACCUUGCCCAUCCACGGCAGCAUUCCUCAAAGCUUGCUGGACCGGGUCGGUGGCAAUGCAUCACCCGAUGAUGAAGAAUACUGCUUGUUGUCGAUGGAUAUGCGCAAUUCGUGGCCGAGCCAGAUGACGAUUCGACUAGAAGGAAGCGACGGAAUGACGGCGGAGGAUAGCAUACUGCCUGGCAAGACUACGCGGCUUGUUCUGCCGAUCAAACGCAUGUUGCUAGAAGACCCGCACGCAUCGAUACCGAGCCUGAACCCCAACAAAACGAGGCAAUUCGUGGUCAGCUCGAGCAAGAUUUCACCGGACAUGGAGCGUGCCAACCGAGAGGCGUUUUGGUAUCGCGAAAAGAUUCUUGAUUCGCUGAAAGCCACCUGGAGAACGGCGUCGGUGCCGAGAAAAGAGGGUGUGAUAGACCUACGCAAUAUACGACUAACGACGCGCAUGAUUGAAGCAAUAAAGAUUGACGAAGUCGACAUUACCAUUUCCAUGGAGCCUGCAACUGGCGGCAAAACGGGCGCAAAGCCGACAACCGGCGCGGGUGUGGCAAUCAUUGACGAAUUCAUGAACUUGAAAGUACACAUUACCAACAAGACCAGCCGGCCCGUCUUGCCGAUGGUUCGACUGGUGCCCGCGCUCUGCCACCGGCCCCUCACGGUGGCGCUGGACUAUACACGCAAGAUUGCCUGGAACGGCACGUUGCAGCAGCUGCUGCCGGAGCUCAAGGCGCACAAGAGCCAAGACUUUGUGCUGGGCUUCACGGCGCUCUGUCGCGGCGAGUUUGAGAUUACGGCGUCGGUGGAAGAGGUGCUCGUCUGGGAGCCUGGGCAGGCCGAGAAGCAACGACACAGCAGACCAAGGUCUAACACACAGGAAGCGAUGGAUGCGGCUCUGGGUGUCACGCAGCGUCGGAUGUGGCACUCGCGACACCCGUUCCAAUUGUCUGUCAAGGAUGAGUAG